GGCGUGUGUGCUUCGGGUAGUGUGUGUGUGCGUGUUUAGGUGUGUGCACGUGUUUCGCAGUCUUCCGUGGAGUUGCUCCAUCAGUUUACCACACAACGCCGACAGCAAGAGGGGAGGGAAGGAAUGAUCUAAGUGGAGACACUGAAAGAUAAGUGAAAGUAAUUUGCUAUUAAGUGAUCAGAUUCAGUUUUCGAGAUGAAAAAAGUGAUACCCACAGUGUUGCUGGCGGUGGUGGCACUGUCCUGCCUAGAGGGUGCCACCUCGGCCGCCGUCAGCCACCCUCACAGACACGCCCAUCACCGAGGACACGUGGCCCGCCUGCAGGAGACCGUGGACCGCCUUCUCCUCCGCCAGGAGACAGACCACAUUUUGCUUUCAACUCUGCAGCGAGCGGUACUCGAGCUUCAGGACAAAUCCCAGCGUCAGGAGACUCCAUCGGUGCCAGAGGCAGCCCGAACGCCCUCAAUGGUGCAUGAAGCAGUGCAGAUAGUGGAGGCGGAGGGGCGUGCUCUGGCCGCCCUUGGGGAGCAGGUAGCUGAGGUCAGGGGGACCCUGACGGAGGCACUGAAAGUGGAGGAGAAAGACGACGUGACACAACUACGGCAGGAGAUAGCUUACCUAAGGUCGGAGGUGCAGCGGCUGAAGGCGACGCGGGCGGCCGAGGCCUCGCCCACUGCCGCCCACAUGCACGCCCACGAGCAGCGGGAGGCGGUCGCCGCAGCCUGGGUGGUCGAGAACGUCAGGAGACUGCAGGACUCCGUCGUCGAGCUGCAGCAGGCGCUCAACGUCAGCCAGGCUAUGCAUGACAAGAUGGAAGUCGAGUCCCGCCUGCUGACGGUGACGAAGGACGUGGGCGCCCUGCGAGGCAGCAUGGCGGCCGUCACGUCCAAGGCGGAGGCGGCCAUGGCGACGUCGGAGUCUCUGCAGGACGAAGUGGGGCGUCUCUCGGAGGAGGCGCACCGCACCGCCGGCCACCUGGGGGCGCUCACCACGGAGGUCACUUCCAUCCGGCAAGACUUCAACGACCUGUUAGAGGCUCUUCCGGAGGGCACGAUGGCCGGGUCCCCAGCGGCGGCCGCCCCCGGGGGAGAGCGCGCCCCGGAGUCGGAGGUGUCGAGCGCGCCCCAGGCAACGCAGGAGAGCGAAGAGGGCGCCGCCCCGCAGGUGACGAGGGCCGCCCACGACCGUCAGGCGCAACGCCUGGCCGCCCUCGAGCGCCGGGCUGAUGACUUCGACUUCGCUCUCACGCGAGCACAAAAGCAGUGGUCUGCCGCGAGCCCCACGACGCGUUGCGAGGACCAGCUGGCGGAACUUACUGAGACGGAGCGUCAGCUGGAGACGCGCGUGGAGGCUGUCACGAGCGGCGUCGGCGAGGUCAGGCUCUCCUCCGUGCAGCUCCUGGCGGCACUCGAAGCCUUAGAGGCCCGACUCGAGAAGGAGGUAUCCGAGGUGAAGCAGGAGGUCGCCAAGUUGGAGUUCAGCGGCGCUCAGUGGGCGGCCGACCACAAGGGCAACCUGGACGAGGCUCGCGUGGCCCUCGACGAUGCUGCCGCCCUUAGGACCGACCUGGAGGCCGUCUCGCGACGCCUUGACCGCCUGACGCUCAAGACUGCCGGCCUCGAGAGCGGCAAAUUAGAGGGCCAAGUCUCGAGAGCCGAGUGCCGAACCAAGCACCUCGCCCUUGAGCUGAGAGUGAGCGAUGCCGUGGAGCGCCUGAGAGCAGUGGAGGAGCACGUUCAUCACCGGCCUUCGAGGUCUCCUGAGGGUCAGCCGGACGACGCCAGCUAGUCUCAUUCGCACACGUCGCCUGGAAAAGACAAGUGGGCUCGGCCGUGCCACCUUAGCGCUAAGGAAUAGAGCUCAAACCCUACACAGUCUGUCCCUCCGAGAAUCAAAGCCGCCGCGCAGGAAGGCCGGGCGAGGGGAAGGCUCGCAGGCCGCCAGCCGCCUGGACGGCGAUCCGGGGCCGGCGCCUUCGGGCUGCCUCUCGCGCCUCCCCCGCACCCCUCCCUCUCUCAGAUCUAGUCUACGCCUUGAUUAUUCCGCCCCAGGAUGCCCCCCCCCCCCCCCCUCGCUCUAAUGUAGUGCCUAAGAAAACGUUUUGGUCAUCAUUUCCUAGUCAGAGGAGAAAAAACAUAUAUAGAAAUCUAAAUUUUAGAGAUUUAAAUUUAAUAUCUUUCUAAUAUAAAUGAACUUUUCUCAAAGAUCGUUAUUUCAAAAUGUUAACAUUGCAUUAUUAUUAUUAUUGUUAUUGUUAUUAUUAUUAUUAUUAUUAUUAUUAUUAUUAUUAUUAUUAUUAUUAUUAUUAUUAUUAUUAUUAUU